UCUGGCCAACGGUAGCUCAGCCAACACUAAAACGCAGCAAGUUUUAGUUUUGCUUUGAAUAACGCCCUCUUCACGUUUGAUUAAGUGUGGAAUAAAGAAUUAAGGGAUCGCCGGUGAGAUAUUUGUCAGAAGAAGGGGUAUUGCAAGUGGAUCGACAUUCGUUGCAUUCUGUUGGCGUGGUCUAGCGUCGUGGGCGUCCAGGAAGGAGGCCUUCUACUGGAGUGCAACUGGAGCCUAAGCCCAAAUCCUGGAGUCUUGAGUCUUUCAAGGAGAAGCAACCUCCGACAGUGUGAAAUGCCUCCAAAUCUAAGGAUCUUGAUACCUCAUAGUGAAAAUCCAAACUUCAAGGAUGAGAAACAAAGACUUGGGUCAUAUAGAGGCUACCCCUCAAAUACUGUUGAUGUUCGACAGUUGGCUAAGGCAGGAUUCUGGUUUACCAAGAAUGAAGAUGUUGUAUGCUGUGCCUUCUGUGAUGUUGAAGUGGGACGCUGGGAGAAAGAAGAUAAUCCUUUUGAAGAACACAAAAAAUGGUCGAAAAAAUGUCCCUUCUUAAGCCAUCCCUCUGAUGUAGGAAAUGUUGCUAUUGACCCUUCUGGUCCACCGCCACCACUUCCUUUGUUAGAAUCUUGUGCCUUUGAUUCAUGUGGAAUUUAUGAGAAUAGGAAGUCAGAUAACUGUCCUAUUGUACCAUCCCUUGAAAAAUUAGGAAUCCGCAGGAGAUACAGCCCUGCUUACCCUGAAUACAUCACACUAGAAGCCCGAUUAGAAUCCUUUGACAAGUGGCCUGGUUCAUUAAAACCGAAGCCUCAGAAACUUGCUGAUGCUGGCUUCUUUUAUAAAGGACUAGGAGACAAGACAUUUUGUUUCCAAUGUGGGGGAGGACUGAAAGACUGGGCUUCCACUGAUGAGCCAUGGAGAGAGCACGCUUUGUAUUUUUCCACAUGUGGCUAUGUAGUACAAACCAAGGGCAGAGAAUUCAUCCAAGAAGUCUUAGGGAAAAGGCCCGCAACACUUACUCCUGAGGAAAUUAAAUCUCUGGCUCUAUCUAAGGAACAAAGUGUUUCAAAUGAACCCUAGUUCCACAAUGCCCCCAGUCGGCAGGUCAUAUACAGCACCACUUGUGAAUAAGUGCAUAUUCUGUUUUAACCUAAGGAUAGAAGUGUUAUUUUAUUUUGCUAUUUUUUUACCAUUUGACAUGUUUUAAGUUACCAAUGUGAUGGAAUCAGCCAAAAAUUAGAGGAUAGUUUUGUUAGUAAUUCUGUUACGUUAAUUUUAACUGUGUUCCAUUUUUAAAGUAACUAAAGAUGUUUCUUUCACAAGCUUAA